CCUCUCCCCCCCCCCCCCAAAUCUCGCUCUCCUCACCAUCUUCCGCCCGCAAACCCCCUUUGAAACCCAACCCCCCAUUCUGGCCCUGAAGGCUUGGUCUCUUCCCAAACCCACUGCUGCCCAUCAUGGAUGGGGAUCUCAGCCUGUCCCAGUCCUUAGGAGGACUACGCAUCGCAAACCCCGAUGACUCGUCCUUGCAUUCUUCUGAGGAUCCAACAACUCCGGCCGCGGGUGCUACCGACGUAGCAGAUUCCGACCUGGUGCGCGAACAGACGGUCUCCGAACGACCAGGCAGUGCCCUAUCUACAACUCCUCCCAGACUGCCCGAUCUCCCCUCACAUACCGAUCUUCAAGACACCCUUACUUCCGGCUCGGUCGAACCCGCAUCCAAACCGCGAGACAAUCGGAGUUCCAUCUACAAUCCAUACUCGGACCUCCCGCAACAACCGAAUCCGCAGUACCCUCCUUACGCGUCUCAGCAACCACAUCCUGCUCCCCAGCCUUCACGGCCUAUGUCGUCCUUUUACGCGAAUGGAUCCACAUCGACCCUGGCAGCCGCUCGGGAGGGUUCCUAUCGUAUUCGUACUGACUCCGCCGCCUCGUCCGCCUCCGAAAACCAAGCACGUGCGGAAUCUCGCGGUGGCUCCGCAGCCUUCCAGGCCGGAGUCCCCGUCCGCGACAACAAUCACAAUGAUCGCUCGUAUCGAACCGCGCAAUUGCCGCCAACAAACGGACAGAUGCUCAUGCGUCAGCCCUCACGGGCUCACGCGCGGGGUGGAGGGGCCUCACAAAUGGGGGGAUCUCCGUAUGCAAUGGAGAACGGGCCCAGCUCGAGUAGCGAGGACUGGCAUGACCGCGGUGCAGCGGUCGCGGUAAGGCAAGAGAUCGAUGCCAACGGAAAGCCGGUCGCGCGAUACAUCAAAAAGGGGGUUCGGGAUUUUUCGUUUGCUCACACGCUUGGUGAAGGCUCCUACAGUACGGUCGUGCUCGGAACCGAUCGGCAAACCUUGAAGGAAUAUGCCAUCAAGAUCCUCGACAAGCGACACAUCAUCAAAGAGAAGAAGGUGAAAUACGUGAAUAUCGAAAAGGACACGCUCAACCGACUUACCGAACACCCUGGCAUUGUCCGACUGUAUUACACGUUCCAGGAUGAGCGUUCGUUGUAUUUUGUGCUGGAUCUCUGCAAGGGAGGCGAGUUGCUGGGCGUGUUGAAGCGCAUGACCACUUUUGACGAAGAGUGUACACGGUUCUACGGUGCUCAGAUCUUAGACACGAUAGACUACAUGCAUAGACGCGGUGUCAUUCAUCGGGAUCUCAAGCCGGAAAAUGUCCUCCUCGACAGCCAAAUGCACAUCAAAAUUACCGAUUUCGGAACGGCCAAGAUCCUCAAAGGCCCACGGAAACCCCAAAACUCGAGCGGGAUGCCGCCGCUCGACUCCUCCGAAAUCCCGGAGGAGGAACGCGCCAGCUCGUUUGUUGGCACGGCGGAAUAUGUGAGCCCCGAGCUCCUGACCGAUAAGAACGCUUGCAAAGCAAGUGAUCUUUGGGCAUUUGGCUGCAUCAUCUUCCAGCUCCUAGCUGGCCGGCCCCCUUUCAAAGCUGGAAACGAGUACCAGACGUUCCAGAAAAUUGUUGGGCUGGAAUAUGAGUUCCCUGUCGGCUUUCCUGCCGUAGCUCGCGAUCUCGUUGAGCGGCUCUUGGUUUUGGAUCCAGCCCGUCGGCUGCCAAUCGAGCAUAUCAAGAACCAUGAGUUCUUCCAGGGAAUCGCAUGGGGUCCGGAGUUGUGGAAGCGCAAGGCGCCUCGUCUCAAAUCGUAUGUUGCACCCCCUCGCGAGCCCAUCAAACUAAACGGUGGCGGAGGUAAUGGUGAGGGCUAUCCUGCGAGUGUCAAUCCGGCCGCUUCAGGCCCCAAUGCCAGCUCCCGUGUGGUGCCCCGACUGGUGACCGAAUUGCCCGCUCCGAGUCAACUGGACAUCGAAUGGUCCCCGGUAUUGACCAAGAACAACGAACGAAUUUUGAAGCUGGGUAACCUAGUGGUUCUAUCAUCUCCAGCAGCCCACAGCCCCGUUUCCCGGCAUGGGGGCGAGUACGAAGCCCCCCGGAAAUUCUCCCGCUUCUUUGGCGGCAGCACGACGAAGAAGCGGCAGCGAUUGGUGAUGGUCACUUCGUCCGGACGGAUCAUCAUGGCAGCGGCUGGAGGAGACGAAAAGAAGGCGAAGCUGGAGCUUUCCCUCCUGGCGCCGGGCACCUCAUAUCGGACCUCGACGGACUCGAAAGGGUUCUCCUGCUGGAUUGUGGACACGCGUGACAAGCACUUCGUGUUCGAGGAUCCCAAGCCUGCUUCCGGCAACGUAGGGACGUCCGCUUUGUCGGUGCAGGAGUGGAUAGACAACCUCGACCGGGCCCGGGAAAUGGCUCUCUCCCAACAGGGGAAUGGCUCGUAUUCCGAUGAUGCCUUCCGGGACCUAUCAUCCGGGUUGUCGAGCCACGCCAACACGCUGGACCGGAGCUCCGAGAUCCAGAACGAAAGCGCCCCCUCGGGACGAGCCACUCUUGUCAAGCACCAAAACACCGACACCGAGUCGGUGAAAGGGAAGAAGCGCUUUAGCAGGCGUCAUUCCAAGAACGGCCUGGCCGCAGUUUUUUAAGCUCACCACAUACUCUCAUCUCUCUCACCCUCCUCCCCUGUCUUAUUCUCCCGCUCCCCGGACUCUCAUCCCCCAGUCCGGAACAUUGUCCGCUGCGCAGGGUCGCACCAAAAUCUCUUCAUUGUACUUGGAACAUAUCUUGUCCCCGUCUUUUGCUUGAUAUCCCUGAGAGUUUCCUGCGUGUGUGAUUGGC